AUGGUUCCCCCACCACCUGUCAGCAAGCCCCACGUGUGCAUCUCCACUGUGCUCAUCAUGACCAGCCUUGUCCUCAUGGAUGCCUACCUGGUGGAGCAGAGCCAGGGAUCCAGGAAGCUGGGCAUCUCCAUCAUGGUGGCAGUGGGUGACAUGUGCUUCCUGCUGGUGCUGCGCUACAUGGCCAUGUGGGUCGGGGCAGAGGUGAAGACAGCUAAGCGGGGCUAUGCCAUGAUCCUCUGGUUCCUCUAUGUCUUUGUUCUGGAGAUCAAAGUCUACUUUGUGUACCAGAACUACAAAGCUGACCGAAAAAGCCUGGAUCUGAUCGCCCGCAAAGCGCUGACCUUGCUGCUGUCCAUCUGCAUCCCAGCCCUCUACGUGUUGUUGGUGGCCACGGAGCACAUGGAGUAUGUCAGGACAUUCAAGAAGAAAGAAGAUCUCCGCAACCGCCUCUUCUGGGUCAUCGUGGACAUGCUGGAUGUGCUGGACAUCCAGGCCAACCUGUGGGAGCCCCAGAAGAAGGGGCUGCCGCUUUGGGCUGAGGGCAUCAUGUUCUUCUACUGCUAUAUCUUGCUCCUGGUCCUCCCUUGCGUGUCCCUCUGUGAGAUCAGCAUGCAAGGGAUCAGCAUCAUGCCGCACCGCAUGAUGCUGUACCCCAUGCUGAGCAUGUUAACUGUCAACAUCACCACCAUCUUCAUUCGAGGCAGCAACAUGGUCUUCUUCAGGGAUGCCCGGGUCUCCAGCAUCUUCAUGGGCAAGAACAUGUUGGCCAUUGGGCUGAAGGUCUGUAUGUUUGUGCAGUACCAGCGGCACCAGAACCACACAUCCCUGGGGCUGGACCUGGCCCUGCAGCACAGCACCCAGGCCCAGCCCUCCUCAGGACUGCACAAGUCCCGGAACCAGCCUGCCUGUCCUGAGAAGCUGGCCCAGGACAACACAUGA